AUAUAUUUAAAAGGAAUAGAUAAUUGCAUCUUCUUGCAACCGUUCUAAUCCUAUUAGCUAACCUGAUUGACCUAGAUUUCGUGAGGAUCGACAUAAUGAGUUUUUCACCUAAAGUAUUAGCCAACAUAAAGCAAGCAAAAGAUUCAGAUGAAGAUGAGCAGGAAUUUCCACUACUGAAAGUAUUGAAAACUUUUCCAGAAACUGCAAACGUAAUUGACCCAAUUGAAGAAAUCCUUCCUAGGAGCGAAGAUUUCAAGGAAGAUGUUGAAAUCGGCGUUGAUCCUCUGUUCAGCAAUAUGGAGACAUUUGACCCAAAUAGCUUCGCCGGUGCUUAUAAAGACACGGAAAUCACAAAGACUGAUGAGAGCGACGAGGACGAAGACAAUGCAACAAAUCGGCAAGGCAAAAGGACACGACUUCCGGAGGAGUUACUGGGACGCAACGGCUUUAUGUGGAGCACAAGCAAAGCUUCAGCAAUUGACAAUUUCGACUCCGCAUUACAACUUCUACAACCGAAAGGGAAGGGUCCAGCGCAUACAAUAAACAACAUAUUAGAAAUGUGGAGUUUGCUUGUGGAUGAGCAAAUCGUUUCUCAAAUAGUACACUAUACCAAUGUACACAUUAAACUACGAAAAACAAAGUUGCCCCAUCAGCGAUUGAUCGAUGCCGUGGAACUCCGCGCCUGGUUAGGCCUAAAUUAUCUAUGCGGAAUUUUUCGUAAUGCAACACAUAAUGGACCACUAGAUGAAUUAUGGUCACUGGAGCUGGGCAAUGCCAUUUUUCGAGCCACUAUGUCUCUCAAGAGAUUCAAGUUUAUUUCAGAAAGUUUACGUUUCGGCGAUAAUGUUAAGCCAGUCAAGAAACCAGAAUCAGAUGCUAUAUUAGAUAUAUGGAGCAAGUUCUUAGUAAAUUGUCGGUCGUAUUAUGCACCCAGUGGCAAUUGUUCCGCGGCCGAAGUGGUAAUGAAUUUCACAAAUGUAAAAGAUGUGCCUCGAUUACUGAUGCUAUGCGAUGUCAAAACAUUGUACAUGUGUAAUGCCGUUCUAAAUUCUUCUGGAGAGUAUAAAGACCGUGACGUAUUGCGUCUUGCAUCUGACAUAAAAGGCAGUAAGCGUAAUAUCGUGCUCUCUUCGCAAUUCACAAGCGCAGAACUAGCGAAGAAACUUUUGGAAAAGGAACUGUCUGCUCUCGGUAGUUUGCCACAUACUGCUAAGGAAGUACCGCCAGAGUUCAUUUCGAAUAGUUGUUCAGUGCGGAAACUGUAUUCCAACUCGAUUAACUUAAUAUCUUGUCAACAAAAUGUAGGCAUUUUACUAACCUGCGGUAUUCCGAACAAAAUAAAAGUGGAACAUUUGUAUAGCUUAAGUUGCAACGCUUGUCGGAACUAUCAAGAAAUAGUUGGUAUGUACUCCACCAGUCAUGCCACCCAGCAAAUUCACAAUUGUUGGUCACUGACAUUCUUUCAAAAUAUACUUGACUAUGCCAUUGUUAAUGCCUGGAUAUUAUUUGUACUAUCGUCCAAUGGUGAUGGCAGUAUGAAGCAACGAGACUUUCAGCGACACCUUGGGCUAUAUCUAACACAGCAACAACUCAAACGACAGCUUCAAUCUAAUCGUCUCACUUUGCCACAGAAG